CAUCACGCCAUCCCACCUCUAAUUUCAUUAGGUUCGGGGUUAAAAAAAAAACAAGACAAGACAAGUUUGUACUUAAAAAGUACGGCGUAUAUCAGCGACGAAGAACGCAACUACCCGCCAAGUGAGCGUCCGAUGCAGAAGCGAUCCGCCCGAGGAUUGAGUCCGGAAUCCGGAGGAAUCCCGGCGAGGAUGUGAUGUGCGCACUGGCCCUUCUCCGCUGGUCGAUAUAAACUCGUGCCCCCCUCUUUUCUCCGCUCUCCCGCUGUCCACCGACCGCCCAUCCCCCUGCACCGGGUCCCAAUCCUCCAGAGAGCACUCCGCCUUCGCCUGGGAACGUUUUCCAGGGAGCACGAGUGCAGGAACCAGUGAACCCGGAAAGCCACUAGAAACUGAAGUGUCUUGGCUGAAAGUCGGGGAAACAGAAGAGCCAGGAUUAAAGGAUUAUAUACGGAGAGAUCUGGUAUAUUGCUCGGAUUCCGGAUAGAAAAUUCCCCGGGAACCAAAAGCCAAGAUAUCGGAAAUCCACAGAAUCUUGGUCAGAAACUUGGAACUAAGCAAUACAGCGAGAAGUCUGAACCAAUAAAAACUUGGGAGUAAACUUAUUAUAUUAUAUAGGGAACACAACUUAAUCCACUGGAGACUUCACCACAAAUCUUCGACCCAGCCGCCUGAAAAACAGGAAGCUGCAUCAGACACCGAGGUCAGGAUCUUUAGGGUCCCUGGGAGCCCAGGGAGAUGGCCUCCGCAUCGCUGGACGCACUGCAGGCAGAGUAUGUGGACUUCAGUGAGCUAACACUCAGGGAGAAAGUCGGCCAUGGUUCCUACGGCGUUGUCUGCAAGGCCGUCUGGCGGGACAAGCUGGUGGCCGUCAAGGAGUUCUUCGCCAGCGCCGAGCAGAAGGACAUCGAGAAGGAGGUGAAGCAGCUGUCGCGCGUGAAGCACGUCAACAUCAUCGCCCUGCACGGAAUAUCCUCGUACCAGCAGGCCACCUACCUGAUCAUGGAGUACGCCGAAGGGGGUUCCCUGCACAACUUCCUGCACGGCAAGGUGAAGCCGGCAUACUCGCUGGCCCACGCCAUGAGUUGGGCGCGUCAGUGCGCCGAGGGACUAGCUUACUUGCACGCCAUGACGCCGAAACCUCUGAUCCAUCGGGAUGUGAAGCCGCUGAACCUGCUGCUCACCAACAAGGGACGCAAUCUAAAGAUCUGCGACUUCGGAACGGUGGCCGACAAGUCCACCAUGAUGACAAACAAUCGUGGCAGUGCCGCCUGGAUGGCUCCAGAGGUCUUCGAGGGCUCAAAGUAUACGGAGAAGUGCGACAUCUUCAGCUGGGCCAUCGUGCUGUGGGAGGUUCUGUCCAGGAAGCAGCCCUUCAAGGGCAUCGACAAUGCCUACACCAUUCAGUGGAAGAUCUACAAGGGUGAACGUCCGCCGCUGCUGACGACCUGCCCCAAGCGCAUUGAGGACCUGAUGACCGCCUGCUGGAAAACGGUGCCCGAGGAACGCCCCUCGAUGCAGUAUAUAGUGGGCGUUAUGCACGAGAUCGUCAAGGAUUAUACGGGGGCGGACAAGGCCCUCGAAUACACGUUUGUUAAUCAACAGAUUGUCACCAAAGAAAGCGACGGCACGGUGGCCGCUCAAUCGGACAGCCUCAGUUCGCUGGAGGAGGAACCGAGCCCCUCGUCCACACAGUUAACACCGACAACGGCGGCGAACGCCAAUGUGAACGCGAUAGCAAUAACAAAUACUAGCUCAGUAACCGAAAAUACCUCAUCAACAUCAUCGGACAUCACGCCGACGAACUCGGGCCAACUUGACAAUAAUCCGCUUUUCCAUAUGGUCAGCAAUCGGUGGGACGCGAUCCCCGAGGAGGAUAGCAACGAGAGCCGCAACGACAGCUUCAACCUCACCUCCUCGGCGGAGGCCACUCAACGCCUCGAGACGAUCCGCAACGGGAUGAUCUCGAUGGCCUGCAAGCCGAUGGAGCAGCUCACACUCGACGUGGAGGCGAACGGCUUCGAUGUGAGUCGCAGCGAGAGCAGCAGCAGCAGUACGCACGCCAAAAGCGAUGGCCGCGAGCGACUCACGGUGACCGACACGAAGCCGGUGAUCCUGACCACGGAUCUAACUAAUAACAACAGCAACAACAGCGGCAGCCACGCCCACUCGAACGGACUGCUUAGCCAUGUGAAUGGGCGGCAGGCGGGGGAUGAGGAGCUGCAGGAUCACGAUCAGGAGUUUGUCAACUCGCUGGACGUGGCAGUGGAUCCGGACGAGGACGAGAACGACGGCACCGAGCAGUCGCUGGCCGAGAUCCUCGACCCGGAACUCCAGCCGGAGCCGCCGAUCCCCAACGAUGCCGAGUCGCAGCUGAUCUACCGGGAGCACCGACACAUGGCCAAGGAGUACCUCAGCGUCGACACGAAUCUGUACUACGCGCAGGACUUCAAGGAGAAGCUCAUCGUCCAAAUGGAUCGCAGCGAGCGCGAGCAGAAGCAGGAGCUGCUGCGCAAGAUCAAGGACAAGGAGGGUCUGCAGAGUCUGUACAACAAUCUGCAGCAGCAGUACGAAAGGCUGCCCGCCUCCCGUCAACUUCCGGCUCUCCAUCAUCCGCUUCCGCAUUCGCAUCCGCACCCACAUCCGCAUCCGCAUCUGCAUGGCCAGCAGGAGGAGGGCGGAGCACUGCUGCCAGGAUCGGUGACCGGAGGCACCGAUUCCGUGGAGAACGACGGUUGGGUGGUCAUCCAGCCGCAUCCCAAUGCGUAGUCAGUCUCCUCAUCCGGAUCGGCGGCUCUCUAUGUGUUUUUAGGCUAGUGCUGUAAUCUGUAAUCUGUAACCGUAAUCUGUAAUCUGUAAUCUGUAAACUGUAAUCUGUAAUCUAUAAUCUGUAAUCUGUAAACUGUAAACCGUAAUCGGUAAUCUGUAUCUGAACCGUUAGCUAUAGCACUCUGUUUUUAUUAUAUGCGUUUGCGGAUGCGUUUCGUUUUAAGCGUUCUUUAAGCCUAAGCGUUUUUAGUCUGUUUAUUAUUAAUUACCACCUAUUUUCCCGCUUGAGGGUCUCCGAAACUUAAUUUAGUUUGUAAACGUACUAUAAUGCUUAUAAUAUAUAUCUAUAAUAUAUCUGUCCGAGGAAGCUGACAAGGAGUAGACCAAAAAAAUAUAAAGCCAUCGAAAGCAACGACAAAUUUCACUGACGCAUUUUUGGUGUUCUAAUUAUUACUUAUUAAUUAUUCUUAAACAUCCUGGAAAAUUUAUAAAUGCCCAAAAAAUAUUCUUGAUUGCGAAAUUCGUUUUUUAGUAUAAAAUAACCUGCAAGACAUGUUUUAAUCACAACGACCUUAAAUACAGAAGAAUAAAUUCUUUUUACACAGAUUAA